GGUAAGAUGUGGUGACCUUGGUCGGUUGAUCAUCAUGGCGGCUAUCGUCCGGUUGAGUUCUGUUUGUCGCAGAGGAGUUCAGCCUCUGUUCUAUCAAAGCACCUUGCUGGCAAGGCCAUUGGUCAUCCCAAACAAACACCAGGAGCAGACUUACCUGCUCACUGCAAGGAUUCAUGCAUCCCAAGGUCUAAAUGCGAGCUCUGGCUCCAAAGCCGCCUCUCUGCACUGGACAGCUGAGCGAGUGUUGAGCAUCCUGCUGCUGGCCAUGGGGCCUGCUGCCUAUUUUCACCCCGGCCCUGCAAUAGAUUACUCUCUGGCUGCUGCACUCACCCUACAUGGACACUGGGGUAUAGGGCAGGUGUUGACAGAUUAUGUUCACGGGGACACCAAGAUCAAGAUAGCCAAUGCCGGUCUCUUCCUCCUGUCGACGGUCACAUUCGCAGGGCUUUGCUACUUCAAUUACAACGACGUGGGCAUCUGCAAAGCCAUCGCCUUGCUUUGGAGCAAAUGAACAUGAAUGUAGGCUGACCAGCUCAGAAGAAUGAUCCAAACACGUUUAAUGUAAAUUCUUAUAAAUAUACAGCUCCAACAAUAUUUCCAGCGAUUUAGAUGUGUGUAAUUGAACCUGUUUUGUCAAUGGAAAGACUCAUAGCCAAUUUUCUUCCAUGCAUGGUGGGAAUAAGCUUGUUAAUGCUCAGUGCUGGUACUUCUAAUACAAUUGUCCAGUGAUGAAGUUGGCCAAUGUCUUUUCUAGUCUGUACCAUGCCAUAUCAUGUCUUAUUUACUCAUUGUAGUUAAUUAGUUCCAUAUUCUUCCACAAAUGUCACAUUGUACACAAUUUUUUUUUUCUUUUUUUGGACAUUUAAUUUAUUUUUUUCCACACUAGGUUUCUAUUUGUUGGAUGAUUUUCAAAUAUUUUUUGUUUCAAUUACUCUGUGUACAUACCUUUUAAUCUUCAACCCAUCUGAAAUAAGAUGUGCUACAUUGUAUUUUAAUGUUGCAUUUGAGACACUUCAUAUUGGUCAAAACUUUGCCACCCUCUUACAACAAAAUAUGAAAGCCUGUACUUAUACCUGUCUUUUACUGUAAGUCACUCAGCUUUAUUGUAAAGCCCGCUUCAAACAUAUAAAUGUAAGCUUUUUACACUCCUGCAAAGCAAUACAAUUUAUUUUACAUCCUUCGGUUGAAUUCAGUGCAA